GAAGUUCCAGUGAUGUUUACUGUCGAGUGAUUUUAAUGUUAUUUAGUAUGUUAGUUAAUGUCACAUCAUGAGUUUAUUUUAAGAUUAAGCUUCACUUUAAUCAUAAGUAUCGACUCAGGAAGCAGAAGAGCGCGGAAUAUCGAUCCGUGACCGGUUAUUGAUCAUCAUGCCGCCCAUCGAGAAUGACGGGGGUCGCGAGCAGAUCCGACUGAAAAUCAAAGAACUGAUCGAUUCCAAUCAAGUGAUGGUGUUCAGCAAGAGCUUCUGUCCUUUCUGCGUCAAGGUGAAGGAUCUCUUUAAAGAGCUGAAUGUCAAGUGCAUUACGUUAGAGCUGGACCUGAUGGAGGACGGGACCAACUACCAGGACUUACUGCAUGAGUUAACCGGACAGAAAACCGUCCCCAGUGUCUUCAUCAACAAGAAACACAUCGGAGGCUGCGACAACACCAUGAAGGCACACAGUGAUGGCGUCCUGCAGAAGCUGCUGGGUGAAGGGAGCGGGGCGUACGACUAUGAUCUCAUCGUCAUCGGCGGUGGUUCUGGCGGUCUGGCGUGUUCAAAGGAAGCAGCUGCCUUGGGCAAGAAGGUCAUGGUUCUGGAUUAUGUUGUUCCCACACCAAAGGGCACUACCUGGGGUCUGGGCGGCACGUGUGUGAAUGUGGGCUGUAUUCCUAAGAAACUGAUGCAUCAGACGGCACUGCUUGGCACAGCCAUAGGAGACGCCCGCAAGUUCGGCUGGGAGUUCAGUGAUCAAGUGACUCACAACUGGGAGACGAUGAGGACUGCGGUGAAUAACUACAUCGGUUCAUUGAACUGGGGCUACAGAGUUUCCCUACGAGACAAAAACGUCAAUUACGUCAACGCCUACGCUGAGUUUGUGGAGCCGCAUAAGAUCAAGGCCACCAACAAGCGAGGUAAAGAGACGUUCUACACCGCGGCUAGGUUUAUCCUGGCAACAGGAGAGCGGCCUCGUUACCUGGGCGUCCCGGGAGAUAAAGAGUAUUGCAUCACCAGUGAUGACCUGUUUUCGUUGCCCUACUGUCCCGGGAAGACUCUUGUUAUCGGGGCGUCGUAUGUCGCUCUGGAGUGUGGGGGUUUUCUGGCCGGGUUGGGACUGGACGUGACCAUCAUGGUUCGCUCCAUUCUGCUUCGAGGAUUCGACCAGGACAUGGCCAACCGUGCGGGAGAUUACAUGGAGACGCACGGGGUCAAAUUCCUCAGGAAGUUUGUUCCGACCAAGAUCGAGGAGCUGGAAGCUGGAACUCCGGGCCGACUUAAAGUCACGGCCAAAUCAACCGAGAGUAACGAGAUCUAUGAAGGGGAAUACAACACUGUGUUGAUCGCAGUGGGUCGUGACGCCUGUACAGGAAAGAUCGGUCUGGACAAAGCUGGAGUUAAAGUCAAUGCCAAGACUGGGAAGGUUCCCGUGAACGAUGAGGAGCAGACUAAUAUUCCUCACAUCUAUGCGAUUGGAGAUAUCCUGGAGGGAAAGUGGGAGCUCACGCCUGUGGCCAUUCAGGCCGGGAAACUUCUGGCUCGACGACUGUACGCUGGAUCAUCUUUAAAGUGCGAUUAUGUGAACGUUCCCACCACUGUUUUCACUCCUAUGGAAUACGGCAGCUGUGGUCACGCGGAGGAGAAGGCCGUGGAGAUCUACGGACAGGAGAACCUCGAGGUUUAUCACAGUUUGUUCUGGCCUCUGGAGUUCACCGUUGCCAGCCGAGACAACAACAAGUGUUACGCCAAGAUCAUCUGCAAUAAACUUGACAAUGACCGUGUGAUUGGCUUUCACUAUCUGGGUCCUAAUGCUGGAGAGGUCACACAGGGCUUCGGAGCCGCUAUGAAGUGUGGGAUUACCAAAGACCAGCUGGACCACACCAUCGGGAUUCACCCCACCUGUGCCGAGAUAUUCACCACGAUGGAGGUCACCAAAAGCUCUGGCGGUGACAUCACUCAGUCGGGCUGCUGAGGUUAAACCCUGCUGGUUUAACAGGCUGUCAGUACCAGUUCAAACUGGUGAUGUAUU